GUUAAUUUAUAAUAAUAUACUAUAAUAGUUAGAAGUAGAAAUACAAGUGUUUAGAUAUUCCUUGUUAACCUUAUUUAAAUGAAGUAAUACUUGAGAAAAAGCGAUACAAUAUAAAAUAUAUAGAAGUCAUCAAAAGUCGUCAGGUAAACAGGCUAAGCUAACGGUUAACGGUAAGGUGAUAUUACCUGAGCCCGGAUCAAUGUGGCACCAGUGGAGCACUAACGGGUUUCAGCUGCACCAAACCGAACCAGCUGAACCGGAGCAAAGCGACCAGUUUCUUAGUUUUGCAAAGAGAUCCCGGGAGGUGCACCGGCAGUAUGAGACGGGGGUGUGUGUCCCCUCCAGGAUCCUCCAUCACUCACCCCUCACUCAGUAUAAUGAUGCUUUUUGGGAGAAAAUAGUCCAACAUCCAAGUGAGGAAUCUCCAGGGAUCGAACCCUCCUUUAGCAGUCCAGUAAACACAUUCCCCAGGGAACCGCCUGAACUGGUGUGUGAUUAUACAGUGGUGAGGGGAACGAAAAGAUCAAACCUCUGUCUGGAAAAUCUGCCCACUCCAUCACAGCUGAUGAGCAGGAAGAGGAAGGGAGGACGGAGACUGAAGGGAGACGCAGCAGAGAGACAAGUGACUGCAGUUACUCAGCAUAUAGGAGAACUGAGGAGAAAACAGAGCAUCAUAGACCAAAUGAAGAAGGAGAAGUGGUGGGGCUCCACGUUCAGCUUCUCACCAGAGACCAGCUGCUAUCCUGUAGCUGAGGAGCUAACUGACACUGAGGACCUAAAUCCCCCAGGCACCCCGCUGAGUCCUCGCUAUGCUGCCCCGAGUCCAGCGCACCUAAAUAUUGGCACCUUGGUACCAAAGGCGUUUGGAGACUUCAGAUCUCUGCUGGAUCUCGCUCCUGGUGGAAACCCAAUGAUGUCGUUUGUAGUGACAGGGACAGCAGACAGAGGAGUGCAGAGAGACUGGGACCUGGACCGGCUGUCUCACACCGAAUUCUGGGGCUUCAGGUCUAUCAAUGAGGAGUAGGAAUGUGAAAUCAUUAUUUUAUGCAUAUUCAUGAUUUUUUUCUUGAAUUAAUAUGAAUUAAAUGUGUAUUUUUUCAGCUUUAGCAUUGUUUAUAAUUGUUAAUUGUUAAUUAUUAUUGUCUGUUUAUAUUCCUAAGAUGUUUUAUGAGAAUUUAAAAAUCAUUGAUGUUGCUGUUUGUAGGUUUAAGGCUGAUUUUAAUGCUGGGUUUUGUAUAAUGACCAGUUAUCUUAAUAUUAAAUAAAAAUAAUACUAAAAGUAAAUGGACUUUUUUACAUGGUGAACAUACUGUAGGUGGGUGUUUUGUAUCCUGGUCAGGGUCGCGACGGGUCCAGUUCUACCAGCAAAUACUGGCUGCAAGGAGGGAAUACCCUGGACAGGGCGCUAAUCCAUCGCAUGGCUUUAGUCACCUCUCAGACAUAGCCAGUCAUGUCUGUGUAGAUGUCUCGUCGGCCGAUAGCACUGCUAAGAUACAAACCCAGGUCUCAGCUGUGGUGGGCGAGUGUAAUAGAGCGCUGCGCCACCUGAGCGCCCACUUUUAUUCCCCUUGAAUGAUUAAAU